GAGGCCAGCUGCAGACCUGAAGGGCAGACCCAUUCUGUGUGAUAGAGAUAGAGGCAGUGAGGCCAGUUGCAGACCUGAAGGGCAGACCCAUUCUGUGUGAUAGAGGCAGUGAGGCCAGUUGGAGACCUGAAGGGCAGACCCAUUCUGUGUGAUAGAGAUAGAGGCAGUGAGGCCAGCUGCAGACCUGAAGGGCAGACCCAUUCUGUGUGAUAGAGAUAGAGGCAGUGAGGCCAGUUGCAGACCUGAAGUGCAGACCCAUUCUGUGUGAUAGAGAUAGAGGAAGUGAGGCCAGCUGCAGACCUGAAGGGCAGACCCAUUCUGUGUGAUAGAGAUAGAGGCAGUGAGGCCAGUUGCAGACCUGAAGUGCAGACCCAUUCUGUGUGAUAGAGAUAGAGGCAGUGAGGCCAGCUGCAGACCUGAAGGGCAGACCCAUUCUGUGUGAUAGAGAUAGAGGCAGUGAGGCCAGUUGCAGACCUGAAGUGCAGACCCAUUCUGUGUGAUAGAGGCAGUGAGGCCAGUUGCUGCACCAUGGGAACUGGUAGACUACCUACAGACAGACUGGGGUCAGUUAUGGACAUAUAGGUUGGCUGAUCUACUCAUAUUCCUAGUUUGCAUAUGAUAUACAAUAGCCGUAUCAUGACAGGCGAAUUAUAGGAAGACCCAUUCUAGUCAUAUUGAUCAUUCUAAUUAUAGGAAGACCCAUUCUAGUCAUAUUGAUCAUUUUAAUUAUAGGAAGAACCAUUCUAGUCAUAUUGAUCAUUCUAAUUAUAGGAAGAACUAUUCUAGUCAUAUUGAUCAUUCUAAUUAUAGGAAGAACCAUUCUAGUCAUAUUGAUCAUUCUAAUUAUAGGAAGAACUAUUCUAGUCAUAUUGAUCAUUCUAAUUAUAGGAAGAACUAUUCUAGUCAUAUCAGGGCCCCAAACAAUGGCUUUUCAUUGUAUUUCUGUAAGGUUCUCUAUCAGGGCCCCAAACAAUGGAUUUUCAUUGUAUUUCUGUAAGGUUCUCUAUCAGGGCCCCAAACAAUGGAUUUUCAUUGUAUUUAUGUAAGGUUCUCUAUCAGGGCCCCAAACAAUGGAUUUUCAUUGUAUUUCUGUAAGGUUCUCUAUCAGGGCCCCAAACAAUGGAUUUUCAUUGUAUUUCUGUAAGGUUCUUUAUCAGGGCCCCAUACGAUGGAUUUUCAUUGUUUUACUAUUACUGAUAAUGGAAGUUAGCUGUUUUGCAAGCCGACAGUGCUUUAUGGCUAAAAGGCAGUAUGUGUGUAUGUAUAAAAGUAUGUAAACUGAUCAUUUGUUCCAAAUUCCAAUACUUCCAUAUUAUAUUUAGCAUCUCAUUUGCCUUAUAAUCCCACCGAGGGCUCUGAAGUGUAAAAUGGGGGUGCUGGGGCAAUUCUAUCUAAUGUCAAUGUGUGCAUAGUUUUUCAAAUAUAGCCUAUCCUAUUGGUUUGAUUGAGGUUUGGGUAACCUCAGGCCCUAGAUCUGUCCCGACUGCCUUGGGAAAUGUUGCUCACCCUAAGUGACUCGCCUGCAAAGUGUUCUAUUCACUUUCUACAGGGAUAAUGGUGUGAAUGGCAGUUUUUAUCCAGGCCUGCUGUGUUGACAUGCGUCGUGACAUCUAUUCUAUGUAAAGGGCCCUGAACUAUCAUUUCAAUUACGGGUCCUCAUGUUUGUUCUUGUCAUGGAUGUAUUUUCCAUACGGGUUCUCAUGUUUGUUCUUGUCAUGGAUUUAUUUUCCAUACGGGUUCUCAUGUUUGUUCUUGUCAUGGAUUUAUUUUCCAUACGGGUUCUCAUGUUUGUUCUUGUCAUGGAUUUAUUUUCCAUACGGGUUCUCAUGUUUGUUCUUGUCAUGGAUUUAUUUUCCAUACGAGUUCUCAUGUUUGUUCUUGUCAUGGAUGUAUUUUCCAUACGGGUUCUCAUGUUUGUUCUUGUCAUGGAUUUAUUUUCCAUACGGGUUCUCAUGUUUGUUCUUGUCAUGGAUUUAUUUUCCUUACGGGUUCUCAUGUUUGUUCUUGUCAUGGAUUUAUUUUCCAUACGGGUCCUCAUGUUUGUUCUUGUCAUGGAUGUAUUUUCCAUACGGGUUCUCAUGUUUGUUCUUGUCAUGGAUUUAUUUUCCAUACGGGUUCUCAUGUUUGUUCUUGUCAUGGAUUUAUUUUCCAUACGGGUUCUCAUGUUUGUUCUUGUCAUGGAUUUAUUUUCCAUACGGGUUCUCAUGUUUGUUCUUGUCAUGGAUUUAUUUUCCUUACGGGUUCUCAUGUUUGUUCUUGUCAUGGAUUUAUUUUCCAUACGGGUCCUCAUGUUUGUUCUUGUCAUGGAUGUAUUUUCCAUACGGGUUCUCAUGUUUGUUCUUGUCAUGGAUUUAUUUUCCAUAUGGGUCCUCAUGUUUGUUCUUGUCAUGGAUUUAUUUUCCAUACGGGUCCUCAUGUUUGUUCUUGUCAUGGAUGUAUUUUCCAUACGGGUUCUCAUGUUUGUUCUUGUCAUGGAUUUAUUUUCCAUACGGGUUCUCAUGUUUGUUCUUGUCAUGGAUUUAUUUUCCAUACGGGUUCUCAUGUUUGUUCUUGUCAUGGAUGUAUUUUCCAUACGGGUUCUCAUGUUUGUUCUUGUCAUGGAUUUAUUUUCCAUACAGGUUCUCAUGUUUGUUCUUGUCAUGGAUUUAUUUUCCAUACGGGUUCUCAUGUUUGUUCUUGUCAUGGAUUUAUUUUCCUUACGGGUUCUCAUGUUUGUUCUUGUCAUGGAUUUAUUUUCCAUACGGGUCCUCAUGUUUGUUCUUGUCAUGGAUGUAUUUUCCAUACGGGUCCUCAUUCCAGUUAUUACCUCUGUACAGGUGAAGAAAGACCGUGUCUGCCUGGACAUGUGA